AUGACAGCAAGAGGCUAUAACCAUAGAUACAGCAGAAAAGGAUUCCACGGUGUUAAGCCGCAACAUGGUGACUACGUGCCCGAUACCAGCAAACAACAAAAGAGACGUUACAGAAAAUACUAUCACGAGCAGCCCUCCAAGCGUUAUGUAUACGUUGAGGAGCCAGAUAGCGAAGCUGAAGAUAGUGAAGAAGUGAAUGAAGAAGUUGAACAGGACAGCGAAGGAGACGUUUAUGGCUAUGACUAUGACGACGACAGCGAAGAGCUCGAAGAAGAAGAAGAGGAUGAUGAUGAUGAUGAUGAUGAUGUUGUUGCUGCUGAUUAUCUCGAAGAAGACGAUGUUUACGUUGACUCAGACGGUAAUGAGUAUAUCAUCGACAUUGAUGGCGAAGAAGUUGAAGAAGAGCCCGAGAUUCACGAUUUGAAUGACGAACUAGUUGAGUUUUACGACGAUAUGGGUUCCGAGUCCAGUUCCGAGGAAAGUGACGAAGACGACGUGCCAACAGACGCAUUCGUUCGUCUCGUCCAACCUGAUUCCGAAGAUGACGAUAUGGAGUCCUCGAGCGAGUCGUCGAGCUCGUCUAGCGAGGAUUCCGAAGACAGUGACUCAUCGAGCUCAUCUAGCGAUUCUUCGGAUGAAAGCGAAGAUGACGACGAUGAAGACGAUGAGGAGGAGGAUAUUGAUAGCGCAGUUGUCAGGGAAAUCGCUGAUGAGGUCUUGCUUGAGUUGGUGAGACAAAACUAUGAAAGUGGUUUGGUGAGUCCUGACGAAUACGAGUCACCCGAUGACGAGGAUGAAGACCUCGGCUCAGAGCCAGAAUACAUAGAGGCUGAGAGUGACUCUGAAGAAUCCUCAGAUGAAGAAGGUCUCACAAUCUACAAGCGUGCUUUACCUGGCGCUUUAUGUGAUCACUGCGGCGAAGAAGAAGAAGAAGAAGAUGAUGUUGAAGAGGAAGAAGAUGAAGACUGUGAAUGCUGCGAGGACGACGAUGAGGAAGACGAUGAAGACUGUGAAUGCUGCGAUGAGGAAGAUGAGGAUGCGUGUGGAUGUUGCGAUGAAGAGGAUUCAGAUGAAGAGGAUUCAGAUGAAGAAGAAGAAGAAGACGAUGAAUUCUCUGUGAUUGACUUGUCGGAUGACGUUGAAGGCAGUGCAGAUUACCAAUUGGAAGAGAUUGACUCCAACAACUAUAGGUUGCAAGUGAGAUUUCCCUCUUUGGUUAAAGAUGAAUUGAAAAUCGAAUUCCUCAAGGACAAAAAUGAAUUGGUCAUUAAGGGAAAGUUAAACUUCAACAGCACAGCUGAGGAGGAUGAAGAAGACACCACUGAAUUGACCCCACAGGAAUUCAUUGAGUACUCUUUGGCUGAAGACGAAGACGAAGAUGAGGAGGAAGACCAGGUCGAAGAGGAGGACGACGACGACGACGAAGAGGACGAAGAGAACGAAGAUGAUGACGAGGAUGCCCUUGGAGAAGAAGAAGAAGAAGAAGAAGAAAUUUUAAUAGUUAAUCCUGAAGGCGACGAGAAUGAAGAUGAAUACAACGAGGAUUCUGAUGAAGAUUACGAAUUCGAGAGCGAGGCAGAUGAAACCAGAGAAUUCGAAUUUUCUGGCUUUGACGACGAAGAAGAAGAAGACCAAGACAAAGACGAAGAAGAAUCAGAAGAUUUGCUCCGAGCUGAGGCAUCAGAUGACGAUGAAGAAGUUCAAGAGGAUCUUGAAACUUUGAUCAACGAUUACAAGGACAAGGAAUUGUUCUUUGAGAAACAUUUCCAAUUUGACAAGGUUAUCAGGUUUAACCAAAUCAAAGCCAAAUUCAUCGGUGACGAUGAAUUGGCAAUCGUUAUACCGCACAAGGACGAGACCGUUGAAGAAAGCAAUUCGUUCGUGAUCAAAGUUGAUCCGCUCGAGGAUGAUGACAAGGAAAGUAGCACCACUGAAGAGAUUGAUGUUCCUAUCGCCGUGCCUGCCCCCAUCUUGGAAGCAUUAGCCGAACAAGUUGUCGAAGAGUUAGCAGCAGAAGAAGCAGCAGAAGAUGCAACGGAUGAGUAA